AUGAGUUGGAAGACGAAGUGCGAAUACAUCCUUGGGAUCGAAGGCGUGCUCGAUCUGCCCGAAACGCGCUUUCACGCCCUUCUCGAACAGGCCGGGGCUGACUUGUCCAACACGAACGAGCAGUGCAACCUCGGUUUUUUCUACGACAGCUCGAAGCGUUACGACAAGGCGCUGGAGUGGUACAUGAAGGGAGCGCGUCAAGGCAGCGAGGUUUGUGAGAAUAACAUCGGAAUUUCCUACAGAUUCGGCCAAGGCGUAGAGAAAAAUAUCGACACGGCGCUGGAAUGGUUCACAAAGUCGGCCGAGAAGGAUCACGCCGGAGCACAAUACGAGGCCGGCGCUAUCCACUACGACGAGGGACGAUAUGAAGAGGCGUUCCAGUGGUUCACGAAAUCGGCCGCUCAAGGCGACACUGACGCGACAUUAGACCUCGGGGAGUGCUACGAGAAAGGCAACGGCGUGAAGAAGGACAUUUCCGAGGCGCUCAAACUGUACGGGAAGGCCAUCGAGAAGGGCCACGCUGAGGCGAAAGAAAACCUCCGUCGUCUGGUCGACGCGUUGCCGUGA